AUGGACGCGGCGGAGCUGAAGCGGGUGUUCCAGAUGUUCGACCGCAAUGGCGACGGGAGGAUCACGAAGAGGGAGCUCAGUGACUCGCUGCAGAACCUGGGCAUCCACAUCCCGGAGAAGGACCUGAUGACGAUGAUCGAGAAGAUCGACGCCAACGGGGACGGCUGCGUUGACAUGGACGAGUUCGGUGCUCUGUACCAGAGCAUCAUGGAGGAGAAGGACGAGGAGGAGGACAUGCGGGAGGCCUUCAACGUGUUCGACCAGAACGGCGACGGCUUCAUCACCGUGGAGGAGCUCCGGUCAGUGCUGGCCUCGCUCGGCCUCAAGCAGGGCCGCACCGUCGAGGACUGCCGGCAGAUGAUCCGCAAGGUGGAUGUCGACGGCGACGGGAUGGUCAACUUCAAGGAGUUCAAGCAGAUGAUGAGGGGCGGCGGGUUCGCCGCCCUCGGCGGCGGCUGA